GUCUUUGAUAACAGGAAGUGUCUUCCUGAAAAGUUGAGAACUUAUUGGUUCUGUUAUCAAAUAUAUUCUGCCUCCACAGAAACCUUCAUAACAUCUUUGAUAACAGGAAGUGUCUUCCUGAAAAGUUGAGAACUUCUGGGUUCUGUUCACUUUUCGUGUUUGAUAAGAAACAAGAAGAAGCAAGAAAAGUUCGGACCCAAGGGUCGGGACUUGUUCGUAACUUCCUCCCGAUAACCGUACCCUCUUUUCUCUUGUUCGCCGCUGAGCACCCUUCUCUUUCUCUCUCUAUCGUCUUACUCUUUCUCUCUCUAGAUUCUCUGUGAAUCGAUUCUAUGUGUAUUGUGGUUAUCAGCCUCAGAAAUUGCCAACCUGUUUCUCUCUCUACUUCCUGUUUCUCUCAAUAUUGUCUAUCUCCUUAUUGUUGGGAGGAAGGAGCUAGGAGCGAGCUUGCCUGCAACUCUAUUGGAGGGUGACAGAGAGAGAAAGGAGGAGGAAGUAUGGCUAGAUAUGAUCGUGCGAUCACUGUAUUCUCCCCGGAUGGGCAUCUGUUUCAGGUGGAGUAUGCCCUAGAAGCUGUCCGCAAGGGAAAUGCUGCGGUAGGUGUUAGGGGCGCCGACACCAUUGUCCUUGGCGUUGAGAAAAAGUCCACUGCUAAGCUACAAGACUCUCGAUCUGUUCGGAAGAUAGUCAGUCUCGAUAACCACAUUGCAUUGGCCUGUGCUGGACUGAAAGCAGAUGCACGGGUUUUGAUCAAUAGGGCACGCAUUGAAUGCCAAAGUCACAGGCUUACUGUUGAGGAUCCUGUAACUGUUGAAUACAUAACACGUUAUAUUGCCGGUCUUCAGCAGAAGUAUACUCAAAGUGGUGGUGUGAGACCAUUUGGACUUUCAACUUUAAUUGUGGGUUUUGACCCGCAUACUGGUGUUCCUUCGCUAUAUCAGACAGAUCCUUCAGGAACAUUUUCUGCCUGGAAAGCUAAUGCAACCGGGAGAAACUCAAAUUCAAUGAGAGAGUUUCUGGAGAAAAAUUACAAGGAAACUUCAGGGCAUGAAACUAUCAAACUGGCCAUUCGUGCGCUUCUUGAAGUAAGCUGCUGUCUUUACCUUUUGAUAUGUUUAACAUGUCCUUAUCAUAUUUUGCAUAUUUUUUUGGAAGUAACUGUUGAAUAUUCUUGUAUAAAGACCACAUGAUAGUCUUUUGUUGUU